AUGUCGAGCUCCAACCCUAGCCAGUCCGCCAUCAUCUGGCCCUCCAGGUUCACCCCGGGCCUCACGGACAAUUUCGUGUCCAACGAGCGCAUCGCCAAGGGCAUCACGGCAGCCCAGAUCUGGGCCCUGCUCGACGACAUCACCAAGUGGGAAUCCUACUACAAGAACUGCCAGCAAAUCACGCCACCCCGGUCCGGCGAGUCCCUGCUAAAGAAGGGCGACAAGUUCAAGUUCAGCACCUUUGGAUUCCCUCCCCUGGACUGCUCCGUCGAGGAGUCAGUAGCACCGGGAGGAGAGGGGGCGCCUGGUCGGCUCGCAUGGAUGGCAGACACGGGCGAGCUGCAGGUGUAUCACGCGUGGCUUGUGGAGGACUUAGACGGCGAGCGGGUCCGGAUACUGACGCAGGAGAGCCAGGUCGGCGGAGUCUUUACCGAGAUGAGCGAGGACAAGCCGAACGUGAUGCUGCUGGGCCACCAGGACUGGCUAGAUGGGCUGGUCAAGACGGCACGCGGUGAGAAGUGGGAGCGUAGCUGA